AUGCAUCCUUCCAAUCUCCAUGACCAAAGCAAUGAAACUGAUUUAUUAUCAUUAUUCAUUACCAAAAAGAUAAAAAGAAAAAGGACCUUACGUUACUUUCCGAAGUUGCUCUUUCUAAGCUCAAAUUUAAAUAUCUUCUACUCUAACCCCCCCACCAGAGCACAGGUACAAAGUUGAGAUUUUGAUUAGUGAUGGGCUCCCAAAUUCCCAAAACAGUGAUGAUCUCAAGUAAAAGAAAUGUUUUUGGCACCAAGGGGAAAAAGGGUCUAGAUUUCCUCAUGGUUUUGGUCUUAACAGUCUCAUGGUUUUGUUUGAUUACUACAUGUGUUUCUGCUACAGAACCAGCGAGCCCACCAGCACAACUACAGAACCAAAAGCUAAGGUUUGACCAAAACGGAAAAUUCAAGAUAUUGCAGGUGGCAGAUAUGCACUAUGCCAAUGGCAAGACCACACUUUGUUUGGAUGUGCUCCCUUCCCAGAAUAUUUCUUGCUCUGACCUCAACACCACUGUCUUUCUUAACAGAAUGAUCAAAGCUGAGAAGCCUGAUCUUAUUGUCUUCACUGGAGAUAAUAUCUUUGGGUUUGAUUCCUCGGACUCAGCUAAAUCAAUGGAUGCUGCAUUUGCUCCUGCAAUUGCAUCAAAUAUUCCUUGGGUAGCUAUUUUGGGCAACCAUGACCAGGAAGGAACCCUCUCUAGGGAAGGAGUGAUGAAAUAUAUUGUUGGGAUGAAAAACACCUUAUCUAAAUUCAACCCUCAUGAAGUACAUACGAUUGAUGGUUUUGGGAACUAUAACUUGGAGGUUGGAGGAGUUAAAGGCACUCAUUUCGAAAACAAAUCAGUGCUCAACCUGUACUUUCUUGAUAGUGGAGAUUAUUCCAAAGUUCCUACAAUUUUUGGUUAUGAUUGGAUCAAGCCCUCCCAGCAACUUUGGUUCCAAAGAACGUCUGCAAAACUUAGGAAAGCAUACAUUAGUGGACCAAAGCCUCAAAAAGAAGCUGCUCCUGGUCUUGCAUAUUUCCACAUCCCUCUACCAGAAUAUGCUAGUUUUGACUCAUCAAACUUCACAGGCGUGAAACUGGAACCAGAUGGCAAUGGCAUUAGCUCUCCUUCUGUGAACUCUGGCUUCUUCACAACCUUGGUUGCAGCAGGAGAUGUGAAGGCAGUUUUCACUGGCCAUGACCACCUCAAUGACUUCUGCGGAAAUCUAAUGAACAUACAACUUUGUUAUGCUGGGGGGUUCGGAUACCAUGCUUAUGGAAAGGCAGGGUGGCCUAGGAGAGCAAGAGUGGUGGUAGCUAGCUUGAAUAAAACGAGGGAAGGCAGUUGGGGAGAUGUCAAGUCAAUUAAAACAUGGAAACGCCUUGAUGAUCAACAUCUUUCCAGAAUCGAUGGCGAGGUCCUAUGGAGCAAAAGCUCUGGUGGUCUGGAUAGUGAUGAGUGGGAGGAGAAGAACCAUAUUACCAAUUUUUAUGUAAGAGCAAAAUCACAAGUGUGAUUUGAAGAGUGAACCUUAUGAAUUGCAAGGACAUGUAGGAAUAGUUCUGCCGAUGUAGGAUAAGAAUUGUUGUAGGAUUGUAAUUUAUUUUGAAGAUAUCUUCCGUGGGAGCUUUAUAUUGAUAGGGAUUAAUUGGGUAUUAUGCAGUGCCUAAGUCCCGCAUGAGUAGUGUGUGAUGCUCACUGAAGUACUUAACUGACUUUGUUCUCAUAUAAAACUUAGAUGUAAUACUAUAGGUGUUGAUCUCUGAUAAAAAUUGGAGUGAUAAUUUCCAUAAUAAAGAAUUUCAUGAAAUAAACGCGUAUUAUGUACUAAGGUGAAUUUCAUUUCUAAUCGGACAACAGUAAUUAUAGUAUUGUA